AUGUCAACGCACCCCUACCAAGCCCUCCCCAUCGACGACCGCGUCAAACGCGUCCUCCUAACCACUCCCCUGAUAGACGGACACAAUGACCUCCCCCAACAGCCUCGAGCGAUCUUCCAUGGCAAAAUCCACAACAACCCCAAAUUCGACUUCGAGAAGGGCUUCCAGCGUGGCAUGACCGACAUCCCACGUCUUCGUGAAGGUGCCGUUGGUGGUCAGUUCUGGUCCGUGUGCGUGCCGUGUCUCAGGUCGGCGGAAAACUUCUCAACUCCCGAGUACUCGGAUAUGGCGCGUGAUGCGAUCGAGCAGAUUGAUUUGACACUGCGGUUGGUGGAAUCGUAUCCGGAAGUUUUUGCCCUGGUGGAGGGACCGGAUGAUGUGAAGCGUGUUUAUGAGGAGGGGAGGAUUGCGUGUUCGAUUGGGAUCGAGGGACUUCAUAUGGCUGGUAACAGUAUCGGCAUUAUUCGGGCAUUCUAUCGACUGGGUGUGCGAUAUUGUACCUUAACCCACGUCUGUAAUAAUGUCUUCGCAGAUAGCUCGACAUCUAAAGUCGGACCUGUCCAUGGCGGUCUGUCCCAACUCGGACGAUCAGCAGUGGUUGAAAUGAACCGACUAGGAAUGAUAAUCGAUUGCUCACAUGUCUCCGAGCCCUGCGCACGACAGGUCCUCUCACUAACCCGUGCCCCAGUGAUGUUCUCGCACUCGAACGCAAAAUCAGUCUUCAACUGCCCACGUAACAUCCCCGACGACAUCCUGGACCUAAUUCGCACUAAUGGUGGCAUCAUAAUGGUGACAUUCGUCCCGGAGCAUGUAGCACAUCGUCGCAAAGACGCUACUCUGGACAUGGUCCUUGACCAUCUGUUUUACAUCGCGAACCGGAUCGGCUGGGACCAUGUCGGUCUUGGCUCAGACUUUGACGGCAUUGCGUCGGUGAUCACAGGGUUGGAGGAUGUCAAGUGCUAUCCGAGACUGCUGGAGCGGAUUCUGGAUCGGGGAGCGACGGAGGAGCAGUUGGGGAAGGUUGUUGGUGAAAAUCUGCUAAGGGUCUGGAGGGGUGUGGAGAGGGUGAGGGAUCGGAUGAAACAAGAGGGUGUUCUGCCUGUGGAGGACGUUUGGGACGAUCGGACGUGGUGGAGAUAUGAUGGGUAUUAUCAGAUGCCGGAUCCAGAUCCAGAGGAUAAGUUGGGGUUGGAUUGGUAUGGUGUGCCACCGCCUGAGGAGGGGCUUUAUUUGAAGGAGUGA